AUGGAUUGCGCAGGCAAGACAUUCGAGACCCGGGACCCUCGCACCGGCGAGGUGAUCGCCACCAUCGCCGAGGGAGACAAGGCCGACGUCGACCUCGCCGUCAAGGCCGCCCGGGAGGCCUUCGACAACGGGCCCUGGCCCAGGAUGACGGGCUACGAGCGUGGGCGGAUCCUGCACAAGUUCGCGGACUUGAUCGACUCGCACGUGGAGGAGCUGGCGAUGCUGGACACGGUGGACGCCGGCAAGCUCUUCCUGGUCGGCAAGAUCCGGGACAUCCCGGGCGCGGCGCACCUGCUGCGCUACUACGCGGGCGCCGCCGACAAGAUCCACGGCGAGACGCUGAAGAUGGCGCAGCGGAUGCACGGGUACACGCUCAAGGAGCCCGUGGGCGUGGUGGGCCACAUCGUGCCCUGGAACUACCCCAGCACCAUGUUCUUCUUCAAGGUCGGGCCGGCCCUCGCCGCUGGGUGCACCGUCGUCGUCAAGCCCGCCGAGCAGACGCCGCUGUCCGCGCUCUUCUACGCGCACCUCGCCAGGGAGGCCGGCGUCCCCGACGGCGUGCUCAACGUCGUCCCCGGGUUCGGACCCACGGCGGGGGCCGCCGUCGCAUCGCACAUGGGCAUCGACAAGGUCAGCUUCACGGGGUCCACGGAGGUCGGACGGGUCGUCAUGAAGGCGGCGGCCGAGAGCAACCUCAAGCCCGUGUCGCUCGAGCUGGGUGGCAAGUCGCCGGUCAUCGUCUUCGACGACGCGGAUCUCGACAUGGCCGUCAACCUCGUCAACUUGGCCACGUACACCAACAAGGGCGAGAUCUGCGUCGCCGGCACACGCAUCUACGUGCAGGAAGGGAUCUAUGACGCGUUCGUGAACAAGGCCGCCAAGCUCGCCAAGAAGUCGGUGGUCGGGGACCCGUUUAACCCGCGUGUCAAUCAAGGCCCUCAGGUCGACAAGGACCAGUACGAGAAGGUUCUCAAGUACAUUGACAUCGGAAAGCGGGAAGGCGCCACGCUGGUCACCGGAGGGAAGCCCUGCGGCGACAAGGGCUACUACAUCGAGCCCACCAUCUUCACGGACGUCAAGGACAACAUGACGAUCGCACAAGACGAAAUCUUUGGGCCGGUGAUGGCGCUCAUGAAAUUCAAGACCGUUGAGGAGGUGAUUCAGAAAGCAAACAACACCCGGUACGGCUUGGCGGCUGGAAUCGUGACCAAGAACAUCGACAUCGCCAACACCGUAUCGCGGUCCAUCCGCGCAGGUGCCAUCUGGAUCAACUGCUACUUCGCGUUCGACCCCGACGCGCCGUUCGGUGGGUACAAGAUGAGCGGAUUCGGCAAGGACAUGGGCAUGGACGCCCUCGAGAAAUACUUGCAGACCAAGACCGUGGUCACUCCUCUAUACAACACGCCCUGGCUCUGA